AUGUCUGAAAUUGAAAAGGCUUUGGCGGAGUUAAAAGCUCUCAUGAAAUACCGUGCUCAACAAUUAGGGUUCGCUGAAGACUUCCGCGGCCUUGGUCUAACAAGUCGAAAGAAUUUAUGUCUUCAUCCAUCCGUGAAAAGAGAGAAGAGUGGGGCCGUUGUGGACGCUCGAUGCCGAAGUUUGACAGCAGGCUUUGUAAAAGAGAAGAAAGAAAAGGGAGAGGAUGUUGAGUUGUGUAUAUAUCAUGAGAUGCCUUUCUGCAAAGUCAUAAUAUACUCAUAUCACUAUCUUCUCGACCCAAAAAUUGCAGAGAGAGUUUCACAAGAGUUGUCCAAAGAUAGUAUCGUCGUCUUUGAUGAGGCACAUAACAUUGACAACGUUUGUAUUGAGUCGCUGAGCAUCGACUUAACUGAAGAUUCGCUACGAAAAGCAAGCCGUGGGGCAAACAAUCUUGAACGUAAAAUUGAAGAAAUGAAGAGAUCUGACGCAGAAAAGUUACAAAACGAAUACCAAAAGUUAGUGGAGGGAUUGAGAGAAGCUGACGAAGCUCGACAAGAGGAACAGUUAAUGGCAAAUCCUGCGCUUCCGGACGAUCUGCUAAAAGAAGCGGUCCCAGGGAAUAUCCGUAGAGCGGAACACUUCGUAGCCUUUCUGAAACGAUUUAUUGAGUAUUUAAAAACUCGAAUGAAAAUCACCCACACCAUAUCCGAAACGCCACUCUCUUUCUUGGCUCACCUGAAAGAUUUGACCUUCAUUGAGCGAAAGCCACUACGGUUUUGUGCGGAACGACUAACAUCGCUCGUCCGGACGUUGGAGCUUAUGAACCUCGAAGACUACCAGCCUCUCCAGCAAGUCGCUGCUUUUGCAACCUUAGUAGCUACAUACGAGAAAGGGUUUCUCCUUAUACUUGAGCCUUUCGAAUCAGAAACAGCGACCGUUCCGAAUCCAAUACUCCAUUUCACAUGUUUGGAUGCUGCUAUUGCUAUUAAACCUGUUUUUGACAGGUUUAGUUCUGUCAUUGUCACUUCUGGGACCCUUUCUCCGCUGGAGAUGUACCCCAAGAUGCUCAAGUUUACAACGGUUCUACAAGAGUCAUAUACUAUGACCCUGGCGCGUCGGUCGUUUCUUCCUAUGGUCGUUACACGCGGCUCUGAUCAAGCCCAGAUUUCGUCCUCAUUCCAAAUCAGGAAUGAUCCGGGUGUAGUCCGGAAUUACGGAAAUCUUUUGCUAGAAUUUUCCCGUAUAACACCAGACGGGGUCGUCGUAUUCUUCCCGUCCUAUCUUUAUAUGGAAUCCAUAAUUAGCAUGUGGCAGGGGAUGGGUAUACUCGAUUUGGUCUGGAAUUACAAAUUAAUUUUGGUGGAAACUCCCGAUUCCCAGGAGUCAUCGCUUGCCCUCGAAACUUACCGGACUGCAUGCUGUAAUGGUCGAGGCGCUGUCUUGCUUUGCGUCGCUCGUGGUAAAGUUUCAGAAGGCAUCGACUUUGAUCAUCACUAUGGCCGCGCCGUUAUUUGCAUCGGAGUACCUUUCCAGUAUACCGAGUCACGCAUACUCAAAGCUAGAUUGGAGUUUUUGCGCGAGAAUUACCGAAUUCGUGAAAACGAUUUUCUUUCUUUCGACGCGAUGCGCCAUGCUGCUCAGUGUCUUGGACGUGUCAUUCGUGGCAAGGAUGACUACGGAGUUAUGAUACUGGCUGACCGUCGAUUUCAGAAGAGACGCACACAGCUCCCCAAGUGGAUUAGUCAGGCCAUGCUCGAGAGCGAAACGAAUUUAAGUACCGAUAUGGCAGUGGCAACAGCCAAGAGCUUCCUCAGGACUAUGGCGCAACCAUUCAAGUCAAAAGAUCAAGAAGGGAUCUCCACCUGGAGUUUAACCGAUCUUGAAUAUCAUGUGAAGAAGCAAAGGGAGGAAGAAGACAAACGACUGAGGGGGGAGAUAGCCAAUAACCAGAUACCAUCGGAUGUUGUCAAUGGAAAUCGGAAUGGAAGAGUGACUACUGUUGAUGAAUUCGACGAAAAUAUUGACCAAGAGCUUAUGAUGCUUGAUGCCUGA